AUAAAUAACAUACCUUAUACAACUUUCUUCAUAUAAAAAAACUAGGUUAUCCAUUUGGAAAUACAUUGGAGUUUCGAAUAAAGAAAGAAAUUGAGCAACAGCAAUGGGUUCUCUUAUGGCAGGAUGGGACUCUCCAACCUUAGAUCCUGAAUCAGCUACAAUAGAGAGGAAUCGAUCGCUCACGAAAGAAGAAAUUAAUGCUUUCUGGACAGCAAAGAAAGAGACAGAGUUAGAACACCUCAGAGCUAUUUCCAAAUUAUCUCAGACUAUUCAGCCUCAUUCUCAGAAGUCUUUAGGCAUGAUCAAUGUUGACGAAAACAGUCUGGAGCAGCUCAUGAACAAAAAUUGCUGGUGGACUAAGAGCAGGUGGGCAUUUCUGAAUGAACCACCAUUGAUGGAAGCUUCUUCCAACAACUAUGUUUCACAGUUUGACGUGGCUAAGUUGGGAUCAUCGAAAACUAAUAGCAGAAAUGGAAUUAGGACGUGACAUGAAUAUUUGCGGAUGUUACCUGUGUACUGUAUAUGAGUAGUGCCGUCUGUUUUGUCGUAAGAACUGUAUAUGUACGGUUUGUUUGUAUGUAAUAUUGUUUUACUUUCUGGUUAAGGAAAAGCUGGCUUGUUUCUUUGGUGCCGGAUAAGGAAUAAUAUAUACUGAUUUAUCGGAUAUAAA